GGGCCACCGAACCCCGGUGCUGCGGGGUGCACCUUCUAUGGGCACUCCUUCCGCCCAUGUUCGAGGUUCGGGACCGGAUUCGGCUGUGUUGUUGAGUGGUGGGGCUGCGGGUCGAGAAGAGGAGGCUACUGGUCGGCAGGGGAAAUCUACGAUGGACGUUGUGCCCAAGCGUAGAAGGUCUGGUGACACGUCCGUUGCAGGUGUGGGAGACGAGGUGCCUGUCGUCGACCACAAAGACAAGUGCUGGAUGUUGGACUGGGUGGGUGAAAUCGGGGAACGCUGGGGUGGGCUGGUUUUGUAUGUGGUGAUCAAAGAUAACAUUGUUCCGAUUGGCGGUGUGGUUAAGUGGAGUGGAGGAAAUUCACCGUCGGCCAUGUUGGAGUUGACGAUGGUCCUUAACGCUAGAGGUGAGCGGAUACCGAAUGUCAAAUGCGUUGCUCUUCGUUGGGCCAAACACGCUGGGUACGGCAAGAAGCUUUAUGACAUUUUCAAUCAGCCCGGGAUGGAGAAAUUGACGUUGCCGGACCUUCGAGCGGUUUUCACAUUCUUCGACAAACAUGUGGUUGCAGGGAAUGAGCCGGUGGUGCAUUCUUCCGACCGCAUAUCUGAAGCGAAAAGCGUGCUUUCGUCGUCUUUAGAGGCGGCUCCGUUGUCGAAACCAAUCAUUAUAGGUGCCCGCCCUCCGCCAUCACUUCGGACUACGGUUGCCGCAACACGAGUUCCGAAAUCUGGGCAGAUCGGGGAGAAAGGUCUGUGUCGCGGCCAAAUCGUGCUGUCAUCCCCUGUGAAGCGUAGACCAACAUCAAUCAAGGAAACCGUUUCCUUGGUUCGCCUGCCGCGCUAUGAGUUGGCCAUUCCUGCUGGGCCGCAUUAUUUUGGAGAUGACGACGAGGAGAACAGCGAAGAAGAAUGGGAGCGCGAUGAAAAACGCGAAGAAUAUGAGGAGGGUGGCGAAGAAGAGGAAGUAGAGAGUGAGCACACAAUCAGCGAGAGGGGUGGGCCGGGCGAGUUGGAGGGUCGUCUAGGGGUUGAGUAUGCGGACGAAGGGCAAGAAGAGGAAACGACCGGCGAGGGAGGGUAUGCAGAUAUGCAUCGGGGUUCCAAACGAACGCAGCUGCUCGCGCCGGGUCAUGGGCAUUGGGAAGCGGAUCCAGAGCGCGGGGAAAUGCACCGCGAAGUUGGGGUCGAGCCGGUGCAUGCCGAUGCAGUCCGACUAGCUGAGAAGAAAAGGAAGAUCAGGCAAGAGAGGAGAAGUGCUUUGGACAGUAAGAAAACCAAUCACGAGGGGAGAGCCAAGCAAGAGGAGGGCAAACGCAAGUUGAAAAUGCUGGCAGUUGAGGAUGCCGUCCAACAUACGCGGGAGGCUGAGGAACCGGACCAGCCACAGUAGGAUGAAGACGCUGUGGGCAAGACAGUCACCAGACCGCCCGGUUUGCAGAUUCUGCCGACUGGGAAUUUUUCUGGUCAUCUAAGCAAAGGCUUCUUCCUUGAGUUCGACGAGAAUGGUAAACAGAGACCGAAAAUGCAGUUCAUUUCUGUCAAGUUGGACAGGAUUCUGGAUAUCCCUGAUGAGGAAUUCAGAUAUAAUCAACGCUUCCUCGAUCAGGAGCUUAUUGAUGACCUUUACAAAACAAUGGUUGAGUCGAGUGAGGAUGGGAUGGGAGGUGGUCUCAUAUUCCAGGACCUCUGCGGGUCAUAGUUGAAGGUGAUCACUGUGCACUCACUGACCGGGUCAUACAACACCCAGGACUUCUAGGAAAAAAAAAAGAAAAAGAAAAAAAAAAGGUGAACAAAUGAGGUUGAGAAUC